AUGCCAAUCGAACUUAUUCUUUCUCCAGUCAUGAGACCUUUGGUCAUGGCCAAAGCAGUCCUUUUCCAUCCACAUAGAAGAGCAUCUCGUUAUGUUCCUCAUAUAAUCGAGCUCCCAGAAGAAAACGUUUCUGAGUACGUUUUACUUAAACGUUUCGGGUCUGGCUCAAAGAUCUUUGAUGUUUAUGAUACGGAAAACGGUUCUUUGCCUCUUGGUUCAAAUGAUCCAAGCAAAAAGCUAUUUUGGUUCGUCAGAUCGCGAGCUGUCAAAGGUGCUUAUAAAAUGUAUUCUAGUUCUAUUACUGGAACUGGACCAGAGGGAGAAGAUGAGCCUGUGGCAGCCAUUAGAGCCGGGUUGAGAUCUAAUGUUCUCUUAAUUAGAGCACCAGGAGCACCAGCAGCUGAACUAGGCUGGCAUAUAAUUGGCCAUAGAGUCGAUGCAAAUGAUAGUUAUAGAAUGUUUACCAUGGCCGAUGGCUUUACUUAUCAAUGGACCAGUAAAGGGAAAUGGUUAGAAAAAGUUCACAAUGUCGGUGAAAAAGAAUCUGAAGUAAGAGAAAGAAUUGCCCAAGUUAUUCCAAAUGGGGUCAAUGGUUUCACACUUAGGGUAGAUGAAACUAAAAUUCCCAGAGAAAUGGCUUUGGGUAGUGCCUUGUGUUCCCACAUUGAUCAAUGGAAUACUAAUAUUGAAGUUGGUGGUAUUUAUUAUGCAAGACAACCUCAACAAGUUCGUUGGAAGAGAGACUAA